AUGUCAUCCUUCGCCAUUCGAGUCCCUUGCUCCUCUGCCAACAUUGGCCCCGGCUUCGAUGUCAUCGGCCUGGCCCUCUCCCUCCACCUCGAACUGCGCGUCACCAUCGAUGACUCCAAGCCCUCCUCCGAGCUGCCAUUGAACUGCGCGAUCACCUACGAGGACCAAAGCAAGAGCACCGAGUCCAUCUCCCUUGACCCCGAGGUCAACCUCAUCACCCGCGUCGCCCUCUAUGUUCUGCGAUGCCACAAUCAGCGCGCCUUCCCCGUCGAGACCAAGGUUCACAUCGUCAACCCCAUCCCACUGAGUCGCGGCCUGGGAUCGUCUGGUACGGCUGUUGUCGCCGGUGUCAUGCUGGGCAAUGAGGUCGGCAAGCUGGGUUUAAGCAAGGAACGUUUGCUAGACUACUGUUUGAUGAUUGAGCGACACCCCGAUAACGUGGCCGCCUCGUUGUUCGGAGGUUUUGUGGGUACCUAUCUGAACGAGCUGAAGCCCGAGGAUGUUGCCCGAAAAGAGAUCCCUCUCAGUGAGCCGCCUCUGGGAAUCGGCCACUACAGAAAGUUCGACUGGGCCCCCGAAAUCAAGGCCAUUGCCAUUAUCCCGGACUUUGUCGUGCCCACCGCCGAUGCCCGUAACGUUCUGCCUCAGCAGUACAGCCGAGCCGAUGUGGUCUUCAACCUCCAACGCGCGGCCCUACUCCCCGCCGCCCUGGGAACAUCCCCACCAGACCCUGAAAUGAUUUUCCUCGCCAUGCAGGAUAAAGUCCACCAGCCCUACCGCAAAGGCUUGAUCCCCGGUCUGACCGAGGUUCUCCAAUCAAUGACGCCCGCUACUCAGCCCGGUCUGCUGGGUAUCUGUCUGUCUGGCGCUGGUCCGACCAUCCUCGCCCUCGCAACGGAUCGCUUCACCGAGAUCGCUGACCGCAUCAUCGCACGGUUCGCUACAAACAAUAUUACCUGCCAAUGGAAGCUGCUUGAGCCCGCGCAGGAGGGAACCACCGUGACCCCUGUUUAA